AUGGCGGCCGAAGUGUUGAUGUUUUUGGUGCACCUCACCACCACCGCCUUCAUGACCGCCAUUAUUUGGUUCAUGCAAAUUGGACACUAUCCGAUGCUGCGGUACGUGGGUCGUGAGGCCUACACGACGUACGAGCAGCAGCAUGUGAAGCGUGUGAUGCUGCCGGCGGUCAUGAUCCUCUUGCUGGAGCUGUUCUCGGGGUUCUACCUGGCCUUUGUGCCCACCCAGCGCCUGCCCUCCCUGCCCAUCCACAUCGGACUCGUCCUCCUCCUGCCCAUCUGGCUCUCCACCUGGCUGUGGCAAGUGCCGGCCCACAAAUCGCUGGAGCGUAAGUUCGACCUGCGUGUGCAUGCAUGGCUCAUCAACUCCAAUUGGCUGCGUACCGUGGCGUGGUCGGCUCGGUUGGGCCUCCUCCUCUACGCGCUCUUCGUCUCCUUCUAG